AUGGAUGUCUUCUUGGGGAAAGUGACCCAGCAGGCUAUGAACUAUGCCAUACGUUCGGGAGUCACCAUCACAGCGUCCUACGCGAUCAGGCAGUCCGCCAAACUCCUCAACAGCACGCCGAAAAGCAAUGUCCGGGACGAGCUGUAUGCUCUGCAGCAACGACUCCAGCAUAAAAUUCGCAUCGUCUCACCAGCAAUUGACAUGAUCGAGCUGAUCGCAGCACGAGGAAACACGUCGCUAGAGUCCGCUGUGGCCCUCACCAAGGAGCUGCGUCUGGAGAUACAGUCCCUGGGACAACGACUAGCCAAAGCGGCGGACGCCUCCGAACAAGCAGCUCGGAAGACCGGUAGACUCGGUAGCCAAGCGAGGAUACCAAACGAGGCGGAGCUGGCUCUGAUUGUCAAGGACAUCAAAAAGCUACUCGAGAGGAUUGAGGAUGCCGUCCCCUUGAUCAACCUGGCCAUCACCACCUCAGGCGCAAGUCUCUCAACCUCACUGCCUCAGUCUGUCUCUCCCUCACGACUUCUCCAGGCCAGCACCUUUCUCACAGCAGGCGACACCCAAUACUCCAUCUCUCCGAAUAACGCUGUGCAAAUCGGACCCACAUUCACCCUUACCGUCUACAUGCUAUUUGCCGGCCACGAUCGACCGCAGAACGAAGAAGAAAUCCGAGAAACGACUUGGAAGGAGGUGAUUCACAAAGCGAGGGUCAAGCUACGUCGGGUUCCCCUCGACGUCGUGCUCGGGACAGGUUCCGGGUCCGACGCCAUUCCCUCCGCUCAGAUAUCUUCUUCUUCCCUCGUCCCGAACACGGAAACUGAGCUUCGUGGCUCAGCACCGAGUCUCCGCGCAGACGCCCGAGCAGAUGAAUACGCCUACCAGAUGGUGAUCAUUGAAGACUUUGAUGACGACCGUGUCCACGACUUUGAAGACGACCAGGCUCGCCCUGGCCCGUUCGACGACAUAGGACUCGCUGGAAUUCGGGAGAUCAUCCCCGUCCACGAGAUAUCGAAAAUAUUCUAUGCGGACACGAGCAAAGUUUUGAACAUUGGGAGUGAUGCGGAGAGUAAUCACCCAGUGUUAUUGCUGAAGAGGGACGUGAAUGCGUUCCCACCGAGACGAAUGAUUGAAAGAGACGGGCCGCUAGGCAUUGAAGAACUCGACGCAGAUGGCGAGCAGGCUCAAGACCUAGCAGCAGAGGUUCAGGAGCAGCAAUAUGUCGAAGAACAAAUUGAUGACCCCUGGCGCUUCCCACCGUCCCUGGACCCAGAAUGGAUCGCAUUCGAGGUGUACAUUGAAUCCGAACCAAGCGACACCGAAUCCGACAUUGAAGGAGAAGCUGCUGAUAACUACGGUAGCAAGGACGAUGCGACGGACCAGCUCACAAGUUCGAUGGCAAACGCGCACCUCACACCGCCCGCCCAGCCUGCGCCACAGUCCACCGCUCCGCCCUGGGCCAACUCCAUCCGCACCUCGCUCUCGCUCCUCGAGCUCCUUUUGCGCCUCACCUCCCUGCAACAGUUCCAGCAACAGUCCCACCUCUCCAUCACCGACGAACUGCUCACCUUCUUCCUGGAAGAAAGCGCCUCGACGGGUGCCGGCGGCGACGAGAAGUAUCGGCAGGCACUGAGGACCGAUGCGAGGAGGCGAGUCGGCUGGGAUCCGUACGACGAGAGUCCAGUCAAGCGGCGGGGCGAAGAGUACCAGUACCAGAGUCGGGACUAUGAAGGAAGCACUGGUCUGAGGAGUCCGCAGAGCGUGAGCGCGAGCCCCGCGGGAGACGGCCCGUGGGUCAUGAGUUCGCCGCGGAGUGCUGGUGAACAUCUCAACGGUCCGGGACGGGUCACGAUGAUGUCGAAUAGUCCGUCGCCUGCGCCGUCGCCGAUACAAACCCCCGGAAAGGCCGGGAGGGCUGCCUGGCUGAGAAGGGAGGGUGGUGAAAACAGGAAAGGAAGUCCGCUGCGGCCGCAGACCGCUCAUACGGACGAGGGUAUCGGGACGAGCCCUGCGAGUGCAACGAACAAGGACUGA